AUGGAUCACUCAAUGCAUGGUAUGAUGGACAUGGACCAUGGUCAUGACCAUGGCGAUAUGGAUAUGGGUGACGGACAGUGCAGCAUGAAUAUGCUGUUCACCUGGUCUACGAAGAACCUCUGCAUCGUCUUUCCCCAAUGGCGCAUUACCAGCACCUGGUCCCUUCUGGGUUCGCUUAUUGUCAUCGUCCUUUUGACAGCCGGCUACGAGGGAAUUCGACAGCUCACAAGGCGGUUCGAAGCAGCUCAUGCUAGAAGGCUGAGUGCAUAUACUACGGUUGCUGUAGGAGGCAGCGAGGUCCACGACGAUUCUGCCACGGCCAAUGUCCCUUCUAGCCAGACGCUGCCUGCCCCGAAUACCGGCUCACCCCUAGUUGUAGGCAGGGAUAGCCGAAGAACCGUCGAGCAACGAGGCAAGAUCACCAUGGCGGCAUUGUAUGCUGUGCAGGUCUUCUAUAGCUUUUUCAUCAUGCUGCUCUUCAUGACGUACAACGGAUUUGUCAUGCUCGCAGUUGCUGUUGGUGCCUUUGUGGGAUAUUUGGCAUUUGGAGACAAUACAUCUGCCAGCAAAACAGUUGCUUGUCAUUAG